CGUAAUUAGUCUGCUACUGCUAUCGCCGCUGCUGCUGCUGUCGCUGCGAUAGCUACUCCUGCUGCUACAUUUACCGCCGUCGUUGCUACAGCUGCUGCUACUGCUGCAGUGGCUGCUGCUACAGCUGCUGUCCACGAUGGCUCUGCCGUGUUCGAACUGCGGCGCUGGCUCCCUGGUCCGUGUGGCCUGGGCCGGUAUAAGUUCGAGUCUGGGUGACCUUACGAAGAAGAGGCGCUGGACGAUGAUUAUAUCGACGAUGAUGAGCAUGACGAUGAUGAGGAGGAGGAUCGUUGUGGUGGUGAUGAUGUUGAUGAUGGCGAUGAUGACAUCGGCGGACGAUGCGAUCCCACGGGGGGAUCUGACUGAACCCCGAUUUCGACGGCUCCCGGCGGCCCAACGGGGUCUGGGAUGUGGGGAUCUCGAGACGCGGAACCGCCCCAGGCGAGCCACGGCAACGCUCAAUCUCAGCGCCGAGGUUUCAGAAGAUGCCCGCCCGGGAUCUCCCGUCGCGCGGAUUCCACAGGGCAGGUUCCUCCUAGCCAGGUUCGAGCUCGUGCCUGAGCCCCAAGAACACGGCCACCAUCACCACCACCACCACCACCAGCAGCAGCUACACCCGUGGCUCACGCAGCUCCCUGCCGACCAGACGGGCACUCACCCGGCACAGGCCCUGGCCGUGGAUGGGGCCACGGGGCAGGUCGUGACGGCGAGGACUUUGGAUCGGGAGACGGAGCCGCAGGUGACCUGCACGGUGCGGGUUCGAGAUUCGAACGGCGCGGACUGGUUCGACGUGGAGCUCGCGGUGACAGUGACGGACGUCAAUGACAACGUCCCCGAGUGGCUCAUGGAGCCCUUCCCCUUCCUGGGCGUCGUGGCGCCGGACGCGGCCCCGGGCACCGUCGUGUACCGCCUGGCGGCACGGGACGCCGACUCGGGGCCCAACGGGGAGGUCCGAUACCAGCUCAUCGGAGGCGGGGAGGGCCGCUUCGAGGUGGACGCGGAGUCGGGCGCCGUGCGCACCGUGGGCAGCGCGCCGCUGGCCCGCGAGCGGCCCUUCGUGCUCACGGUGCUGGCGAGCGACGCGCUGGGAGCGCAGGGCGCCUACGCCUCCCUGUCGGUGAGCUCGGCGCCGCGCGCCCCGCAGUUCGGCCGCCAGGCCUACGAGGUGGCCAUCCCCGAGGGCACGGAGCCCAACCGCACGGUGCUGGUGGUGACGGCCCGCUCGUUCCAGGGGGGCCGCGUGUCCUUCUCGCUGCUGGGAAACCCGGCGGGGCUGCUGGCCGUGGCGCCGCGCACGGGGGAGCUGUCGCUGACGCGCGCCGUCGACUACGAGAGCGAGCAGCGGCGCUACCUCGGGGUCAUCCGCGCCACCGAGGAAGCGCCCUCGGGGGGGCUGAGCAGCGAGGCGCAGGUGACGGUGAUCAUCCUGGAUGACAACGACUGCGUCCCGGAAUUCCUGCACUCGACCUACAGCUACGAGGGCCUGGCCGAAGACGCGGAAAUCGGGACGUUCGUCUUGCAGGUGUCGGCGCGAGACUGCGACUCCGGCCUCAACGCGCUGCUCUCCUACUUCGUGGCGGGAGGCGGCGGGGGCGACUUCACGGUGUCUGCCGACGGCUCCGUGUCGGUGGCGCGGGCUCUGGACCACGAGCGCUCCCGCGGCGCCUACGAGUUCGCCGUGGCGGCCGUGGACCGGGGCCACCCACCCCGCACGGGCACCGCCGCCGUGCGCGUGCGCGUCGCCAACGUCAACGACGAGGCGCCGCGCUUCUCCCGGAGCACGUACCAGGCGCUCAUCUCGGAGGAGGCGGGGCCGCACGCGCUCGUGGGCUCGGUGCUCGCGAUCGACCCCGACGGGGACGCCGUCUCCUACGCAAUCGCCAGCGGCAACGAGGACGGCAACUUUCUCAUCGACCCACACGAAGGCAUCAUCCGCUUGCGCUCCUCGCCGCCGCCGCGCCUGCUUGGCCCCUCGUACACGCUGGGGGUCACGGCGACGGACGACAACGCGUCGGGUGGCGCGGGGCCCCUGCGCGGAGACGCCACGGUCAUCGUCACCGUCCGCGACGUCAACAACAACAAGCCCCACUUCGCCGAGUGUGCCCGCUACAGCGAGCUCGCCGUGGUUGCCGAGAACCUCCCGGCGGGCCAGGCAGUCGUGCAGGUUGAGGCUCACGACGCUGAUGAGGGCGACAAUGGGAGAGUCCGCUACGGGCUCAUCCAGCGGGCGGAUGCCUCGCCGGCUCUGCACAUCCACCCCGAGAGCGGGCUGAUCACCACGACGCGGCCGCUCGACCGGGAGGCUCAGCGCGAGCACGCGGUCACGGUGACGGCCACGGACCAGGGCUCGGAGCCGCUGGUGGGGGUGUGCCGACUCGUGGUCACUGUCGCCGACGACAACGACAACACCCCGCGCUUCGAGGCGGCGCGAUACGAGCACAUCCUGCGAGAGGACACCCCUGUGGGCACGAGCUUUCUGCGCGUGGCCGCGCACGACGAGGACCAGGGCGCGAACGCCGCCGUCACCUACUCGCUGUCGGGCGACCUGCCCGAGUACAUGCGCGUCAACCCCGCCACCGGCUGGGUCUACGUGCACCAGCCCAUCUCGCUGAACCCGCUCAUCCGCCGCCUCGUGGUGGCGACGGACGGAGGCAACCGCAGCAGCUCGGUGGAGCUGUCGGUGAGCAUCACCAACCUGCGCAACCAGCCGCCUCGCUGGCACAGCGACCGCUACGACAUCACCGUGCCCGAGAACACGACGCGCGACACCGUUAUCCUGACGCUGAAGGCGAGCUCGCAGCUGGGCGACCCGCGGGUCACCUACACCCUGGAGGAGGGCGGCCCCACCGCCCUGUUCUACCUGAGCCCCAACCGCGCCGACGGCUCCGCCUCGCUGCUGCUCGCCGAGCCCCUCGACUACGAAGCCGCCCCGCGCCUCUCGCUCCGGAUUCGGGCCCAGAACGUGGCCGCCGUGCCGCUGGCCGCCUUCGCCAGCGUCUACGUCUCCGUCACCGACGUCAACGACAACGUCCCCUUCUUCACGGCGCCCAGCUACGAGGCGUCGGUGCCCGAGGGCGCCAGCGUGGGGACGUUCGUGACGCAGGUGUCCGCCACCGACCUCGACUCGGGCGAGCACGGCAAGGUGAGCUACUCGCUGCUGAAGGACGCGAGCGGCGAUCACCGCUUCUUCUCGGUGGACGAGGGCAGCGGCGCGGUGUUCACACGCGCCGUGUUCGACCGCGAGAGCAAGAGUUCCUACGUGGUGGAGGUGCAGUCGCGCGACGGGACGGAAAGCGCGCGCACGGGCAGACGCGCGCAGCCAAACACAGACUCGGCGUACGUGCGCGUCAUCAUCAGCGACGUGAACGACAACGUCCCCACCUUCGAGCGGGAGCUCUACGAGGUGACGCUGGACGAGGACGUGGAGGUGGGGACCAUCGUCGCCACCCUCGUCGCGGUCGACGGAGACGACGGCGCCGACGGCCUCCUGCGCUACCGCAUCGUGUCGGGCAACGAGGACGGCGCCUUCGAGUUGCGCGCCGAGACGGGGGCCCUCACCGUGGCGCGCCCGCUGGACUACGAGCGGGCGGCGCGCUACGCGCUGCGCGUGGCCGCCUCCGACGGCCGCUGGGAGGGCCACGCGACCGUGGCGGCGGCGCUGCGCAACCUCAACGACGAGGCGCCGGUGUUCGCCAGCGCCGAGUACCGCACCCGCAUCGCUGAGGGGCUGCCACGCGACGCCCCGGUGCUGCUCCUGCAGGUGUCUGCCCACGAUCCCGACCGCCCGUCAUCACCACCGCCGUCGUCGUCGUCAGUGGCGGCGGCGGCGGGCGUGCGGUACUCGCUGCGUGGCCAAGGCGCUGGCACGCACUUCUCGGUGGACGCGGUGACGGGGGAGCUGUGGGCGCGGGCGCCGCUGGACCGGGAGGAGCGCCCGGCGUGGCGUCUGCUCGCCGUGGCCACUGACGAGGACGGCGCCGGCCUCUCGGGCUUCGCCGAUGUCGUGGUCGCCGUCGACGACGUCAACGACAAUGCGCCGGCCUUCGUCUGUGCCGGCGGCGAACGAGGAGGUGAAGGAGGAGCCCGGAGCGAUAACGGCGAUGGCCGCGAAGGAGCUGGAUGGCACCACCACUACGACGACGACGACGACGAUGGUGACGGCAGCGACGGCGCUGAUGGAAACCGAAACGGCGAUGGGAGCACGAUUGCUGGGAAAACGAAGGCUGGCAUCCUGGGUCAUGGUGCAGCUACUGCUGGUGCUGGUGUGGGCACGAUCGGUCUUGGUGGUGGUGGCAUUGGUACUGGCGGCGGAGGUGGUAGUGGUAAAGUGGGCGGCAGUGUUGGUAUUGCUGGCAGCGGUAAAAUCGGCAGCAUCGGUGCGGCCGGUGGCGGUAAUGUUGGUGAUACUGGGCCUGGCGUGAGCGGUGGUCAUCUCGGUACUAAAGGCGGUGCUGAUCUUGGUAGAGGCCACCUCAGUCGUGAUACCGGUACCGGCAUUGGCGGUAAAGGUUCUGCGUCGCGCUCCCUCGCCGCUCCCCCUUCCGCCGACACCACCACCUCCUCCGGGCCGUCCGGCUGCCUCAUGGGCGAGGUGCUGGAGAACGCCGCUCCUGGCACGGCCGUGAUGCAGGUGCUGGCCGUCGACCCCGACGACCCGGCCGCCGGCGGCAACGCGGCCGUGCGCUAUCGCAUCGUCGGUGGCGACGCCCCGCGGCUGUUCCGCGUCGACCCGGCCACCGGCACGGUUCGCACGGCGGCGGUCCAGGGCGUUGCCGACGGCACGGAGUCGGCGCUCGACCGCGAAGUCCUCGGCUCGCGCCUCCUGCUGCUGCUGGAGGCCGCAGACGGCGGGGGCCUCUCCGCCACGGCCACCGCCACCGUGGCGAUCGUCGACGUCAACGACAACGCCCCCCGCUUCCUCGUGCCGCCCGGCGGCGUCUACCGCUGCCGCGUGCCCGAGGGCACCCAGGUGGGCACCGUGAUCGCGACCGUGUCGACGUGGGACGGCGACGCGGGCGACAACGCCCUGGUCUCCUUCUCGGUGGAGGGCGGCGACGUGGCCGGCGCGGGCCGCACCUUCUCGGUGGAGUCGGACCGGGCGGCGCGAGUGGGCACCGUGCGCCUCGCGCGGCCCCUCGACUACGAGCGGCCGCGCGAGCGCCGCUUCAACGUGACGCUGGCGGCGCGCGACCCCGACCACGGCGACCGCGCGUCGCUGCUCGUCGAGGUGCUCGACGACAAUGACAACGCGCCACUCUUCUCGCGCCAGCUCUACGAGGCGUCGCCCGUCUCCGAGGCCGCCGAGCCGGGCCACCCGGUUGCCAGCGUCUCGGCCUCCGACGCCGACUCCGGCGCCAACGGGGAGGUGUCCUACUCUCUGGCGCCCCGCGGCGGCGACGGCGGCGGAGCAGGAGUGACGGCGCCGCCGUUCGAUGUGCACCCGCACCUCGGGCUGGUGUCGCUCCGCGGGCGCCUCGACCGGGAGUCGAGCGAGCGCCACCUGCUGCUGGUGCUGGCGACGGACGGCGGGAGCCCGCCGCGGACCGGCACCGCCACGCUGCUGGUGCCCGUGCUCGACGUGAACGACAACGCCCCCGAGCCGGAGAGCGAGUACCGGCCCGUGGUGUUCGAGAACGGCCCGGCGCCGGCGGACGUGCGCGCCAACGCCACGUCGCUGGCGCUGCGCUUCGUCGACCGCGACGGCGCGGGCGGCAACGGCGCCGUGGCGUCGCUGCGGCUCGCGGAGGCGUCGGCGAGCGCCGGCGACUUCGCGCUGCGGGACGCCGGGGACGGCUCGGCGGUGCUGACGGCGCUGCGGACGUUCGACCGCGAGGUCGGCAAGCGGCUGCUCGUGGCCGUGGUGGCGACCGACGGCGGGGAGCCGCCGCGCAGCGCCACCGCCACGCUCACGGUGACCGUCGGGGACCGCAACGACAACCCUCACCAGCCUGGCAGCACGGGCAUCUACGUGUACAAGUAUCGCGGUGCGCUGCCCUCGGGGGAGCUGGGACGAGUGUUUGCCCCAGACCCCGACGACUGGGAUAACAAGACGUUCACCUACGAAGGGCAGGAACCCAGGUGGUUCUCCCUGUCACGUGACUCCGGGGCGCUCUCCCUGAGGUUGGCGCCGCCGCCGGGGGAGCACAGCUUCCGCGUGCGCGUGGCCGACGGCGUGUGGCCCGACGCCGUCUCCACGGCGACCGUGCUGGUGGCGGAGCUCCCUGAGGAGGCGCUGGUCCAGGCCGGGUCGCUCAGACUCGCCGACACGACCGCCGAAGAUUUCCUGUACGACCCACGUGACGGCGUGAGCCGCUACGAGCUCCUGCGCGCCUUCAUCUCCUCUGAGGUUUUCGGGCUGCAACGACAACGACCGCCGCCGCAGUCGUCGCCUUUACCGGCGGCGAUGGGCGCGAGCGUGCACGUGUUUGCCGUGAGCGACGCGCCGGGCGCGCCGGGCCGCGUGGACGUGUGCUUCGCCGUGCUCGGCGCCGCCAGGACGUACCGCGCCGAGCGGCUCAACGGCAACGUGGCCAUGCACAAGGCCAGGCUGGAAGAGGUUGUAAAUGUGUCCGUGGCGAGGGUGGGGGGCCCUGGCCCGUGUCGGACGCCCCCCAAUGGCGCCGCCCCCCGCCCCCCGGUCUCGCGCUCCGGGGCCGUCUCAGUUGCCGUGGGAACGGUCGCCGUGGUCACCGACUCCGACCGGGAGGACGAGCGAGACAGUGGACCGGUGUGCCGGAACGGAGGAGUCCCCAUCGCGCCAUCCACGUCCGCAUACGGCUGCGAGUGUCCACCGGCUCUGGACGGGCCGCUGUGCGAGCGCACACAGCGGUGGUGGAACGCCAGCGAGUCCCCGGGGCCCGGCUCGGUGAGCUACGCGUGGUUCCCACCGCUCCGCCUGGGUCCCACCACCACCGCCACCACCACCGCCACAACCACCGCAACAACCGUCGCCAGCCUCUCGCUGGAGUUCCUGACGGGCGAUCCGGACGGGCUGCUGCUCUACGCCGGACCGCUCGCCGCCCCGGGAGCGAGGGAUCGGCGCGACUUCAUCGCCAUCGAGCUGCGGAAGGGCUCCCCGACUCUGAGCAUCGACCUGGGAAGCGGAACGCUGCUGCUGAGUGGCGGCGCCGGCACGCGAGGCCUUGCCGACGGGCGGUGGCAUCACGCCGAGGUCUCCGUCAGCGGCACGGACGUUAUCUUCACGCUGGAUUGGUGCGAGGUCCAACGCCGGGACGGCGGAGCCUGUGAGGCCCAUGGCAUCAUCCCAGGCGAAGCCAGGUCCCUGGACGUGCUGCAGCCGCUGCAGCUGGGCGGGGUGAAGCCGAGUCCCUCGUUCCUGUACCCUGGCCUCGCCUCCCGCUCCUACACGGGCUGCAUCCGCAACGUGCUCGUCGACGGAGAGCUCCUGGACAUGGAGACACCGGGCGAGGCCGAGGCUUCGGGGCCCGGCUGCUCGGCGUCCGACUCCGCGUGCGCCCCCACGCCGCCGCCGCCACCGGGGGGGUCUCCCGCGUGCGGGGGGUACGGGGAGUGCGAGGGACCCACGCCCCCCUCGCCGGGGACGGCACGGAGCCAGCCGGCCUGUCGGUGUCGGCCCGGAUACAGCGGCGCACUCUGCAAGAGAGUGCUGGAGCCGUUCACGGUGGGUGUGGGGGGCACUGCCCGGUUCCUGCUGUCCGACUCCGUGGCGCCGCUGCCGUCGUUGCGAUGGACGCACCUCCAGCUGCUGCUGCGCACGCGCGCACGCGACGCUCACGUCCUCUCGGCGUGCUCGCCGGACCGCUCGCACUACGUCUCGCUCGCGGUGUGCGAUGGCCGCGCCUGCGCUCGCCUCGCUCUGCCUGCCGCCGGCGGCGCCGGCGUCGUGGAGUCUCGGCUGACCCUGACGGACCCCGGGGGAGCGGGCCUCGUCUCGGACGGGCGGUGGCACUUGCUGCAGCUGUGGCGGCACGGGGCGGAGGUGACGCUGCGCGUGGAUACGGGCGGGCGGCGCCGGGAAAACCGCACCAACACCAGGAGACGCGGCCGCGGCGGCGGCGGCGUCCACACUGAGCUCCAGCUGGACCCGGCCGGCCUGCUCCUAGGAGGCAUUGGGCCUUACGGGAACCCCACGAGCUUCAACGGCUGCGUGCGGGAUGUCCGCUUUAACGGGCUCCCCCUGUUGCUGGAUGCCGCUCCAUCCCUCGCGUCGGGGUCCAGGGCCCCCGUCUCCUCCCCAGUCCCCCGCAUCUCGGCCGCCCGUGGCAUCAGCGCCGGCUGUGUCUCUGACUCCUGCAGCAGCCGGCCGUGCCGCCCACCAUUCCUCUGCGUCGACCUGUGGCACCUGCAUCAGUGCAGGUGCCCCGUGGGACAGAUGCUCCUGCCGCCCGCUAAUGCGAGCGAUCCCAUCACCGCCGCACGGGCCCCGCCGCCGCCGCCGCCCUCCUCGUCCGCCAGCUCCCCCGGAAUCUGCGUCCCGGAUCCGUGCUCCCGCGCUGCGUCGCCUCCGUGCCGGAACGGCGGCACCUGCCUCCCCGAGACGCCCACGGCCUUCUCCUGCCGCUGCCGCCACGGCUUUGCCGGCCGCCGCUGCGAGGCACCCGUGGCCGGCGUGCUGCUGGCGGCGGGCGCGGCCGAGGGAGGCCCAACGAUCCUGGCCGUGGUCGCGGCGUGCGUGUGCGCCGUGGGCGCUUUCGGCAUCAUAGUGGUUUUGUCCAUCCUCGCCUGCUGGGUACGGGCGCGGAGCAAGCGUGGACCGCAGCACUCACGGGCGCGGGGGAGCAGCGUUGGAGACGUGCGCGAGAACGUCGUCUCUUACAACGAGGAGGGCGGAGGAGAGGAUGACCAGAACUUGUUCAGCAUGGCUGAGCUGCAGAGGCCGCUGCAGGGCCUUGAGUCUCGGCCUGCGGCGGACGGUGAGGGCCCCCCUCGCUUCUCGCCGUCAUCGUCGCCGUGCGACGGGGACCCCGAGGGCCCCGCGCUCCCCUGCCGCUCCGACGCGUACUUCUCCGUCAUCCGCGGUCGCCCCGGAUCGGGUUACGCAGCCCGCUCGUCCGGAACGACGCAGAACGGCGAGCCGAGUGGAAAUCCGGAAACGCACAACAAGAACACGGAACCGUACGGUGGAAAUCAGGAAUUGCACGGCAAGAAUUCGGAUCUGCAAAGUCAAAAUCCGGAAUCGUACAACAAGAACCCAGAACUUUAUAGCCAGAAUCAGGAAUUGCACAGUAGGAAUAUGGAACCGUACGGCAUGAAUCACGAAGCACACAACAAACAUAUGGCAUUUUACAGCAGGAAUUCAGAACUGUACGGCGGAAAUCAGGAAUUGCACGGUAAAAAUCCGGACACGCAAAGUAGGAAUCUGGAAUCGUUCAACAGGAAUCCGGAAUUUUACACCCAGAAUCAGGAAUUGCACAGUAGGAACCUGGAACCGUACGGCAGAAAUGAAGAAGUGCAUAACAAGAAUAUUGCAUUGUACAGCAGGAAUCCAGAACUACACAGCACUAAUCAAGAAGCACACAGUAAGGAUCCAAAACAAUACGGCGGAAAUGUGGAAAUGCACGAGAGCCUCGAGCUGUGUAGGAACGCGGAAUCUCGCAAGCCUAUCGUGUCACUCCCGGGCUACGGUAUUGGAUUUGACCUUGGCCUGCCAGCCCAUGGUGGAGGAGAAGGCAGGAGCGCACUUCCUGCCGAUCGGAGAAACGUUAUCUGGAAAUCCUCCGCGCUUCCCCAUACCUGGCGCCCCGGCGUCGGAGGCCGCAGCGUCCAACGCCGCUCGCAUCGUAACCCCCGAAUCUCCGUCUUCGACAGUUCUGCUUGGUUACGGUGGCAGCGGUUGCGGCAGUGUCAGUGGCAGCAGUGGUAGCGGUGGCAGUAGCGGCGGCGGCAGCGGCGGUUUACGUGGUGGCCGCACGGCCGCUUCGGGCCGCCCGGCCCCACCGGCCUUCAAAGCCCAGCGGCCGCCCCCGCCGGACUACAGCCAUUAUUUGGCUCGGAUCAUGGCCCGCGCCGAGAACCAGCCGGACGACCCGCCGCCCCGGGUGUACGCCGUGGAAGGCGGCGGCACGCCGGCCGGCAGCCUCAGCACCAUCACGUCCGGCGAGUGGGGAGAGGAGGAGUUGGAUUGUGGUGGAGGUGGCGGCGGUGGCGGCUGUGACGGUGUUCGUGGGUGCCGGGGUCUCGCUUUGCAUUCCACGAGUGGGGGGCACAGGGGGGCUGUCCUCGGGGGGGAGGACGGCACGAGGGGAGAUGGAGCGCGGUUGGUGUGGGUGGUGGAUGCCGUCACGGAGAAAACUUGAGCGGCGUCCGUUCGUUCGUGCGCGUCCGUUUCACUUGUUAAUUUUGUUUAGUAUUUUUUUUAGCACUAAUUAAGUCACGUUUCCGUCAUGGGUGUCUCGGCAGUGCUGGCUAAUUGAACUACGUACUAUUUGUAUUUUUACCAGGAAAGAUCCACUGAGCUAUGCAGCUCUUCUUCAGAAGCGACCUCGCCACAAAUGAUUGCUUCAACGGCGUGGCUUAUCAUCACGUGGACAUAUAGAGCAGCCAAAUAAUCUAAACACGUGUUGCUCAAUGUGGAGGGAAAACAGAAAUACCUUGGUGAAAGAUCCAAGUGACCACGGGGAGAACAUAGAAACUUCAAAUAUACAGCAGGCGUCAGGGUCGGGAUCUAACCCACUCCCUCCUGCAUGCCAGGCUACGCAAUUAACACCUCGCCACCGCGGCACCCUAAUUUGCUCUGACAUGGCCAUUACAAGACCCUCAGAGCCCCCCC